UCGGCGUCCUGGGUGCGGCGAGCCCGGCGGCGCCGGAGCCAUGGCCCAGCGGCUGGGGGUGCACGAGCUGCUGCACGUCUUUUCCUUCCUGGAGGCCCAAGACCUGCUGUGCGCCGCGCAGGUGAACAAGAUUUGGAAUGAAGUUUCAAUGACCAUGGAACUCUGGAGGCAGCUGUGUUUGAGGCGUUGGUCCUGCCCCACGGUCCUGGGCACACAGACAUGGAAACAGUACUACCUCUGCCGGUCCGAGUUGGAGUUCCGAAUGGAGACUGGGCGGCCAGAGAAGGACUUCAUUUGCAAAGCAGUUUUUGGGCACACGGGAGAGAUAAAUAAGCUGGCUUACAUCUCAACCAAUGAGUACCAGUUUGACAGAAAGAAGUCUGUGGUUUGCACUGUGUCCUCAGACUGCACUGUCCGUGCCUGGGACUUGCAUGAGGGCACGGAGAUCUGGUCCAGCCCUCUGCAGCCUGCUCCUCUGGUGAAUUUGGUGACCUAUCCUCAGCUGCAGCUGGUUGCUACUGUGGACAAGCAGGGAUUGAUCAAAGUGUGGAAAGCAGAGACUGGGUGGGAGUGGGCCUCCUUCUGCCUACCUACCUCCUGCUCUGCAGUGGAGGCCUGUGACCAUCCAGAGGGUUCUUUUCUGCUGGUGGCUUGUGCUGAAGGGACCUACACACUGACAGUGCCUCAGCUGCAGGUGGUCUCCAAAGUGACUUUGUUUCCCAGUCCCUUUGUGAGCCUCCUCUGCUCUCCUGACCGACAGUGGCUGUUUGCAUCUGCACACAAUUCAGACCUAGGCCCAAAGGUGUUCUACACUCAGUCCUUGCUGCACCCAUCGGAAGAUGAACUUCCUGUUUCUACCACCCUCACUGUCCGGUUGAGUUCCAAAGCCUGCUGGGCCCCUGAUGAAGCUGCCAGGCUGAUUGUUAUGCACAGAAAUGGCAGUGUCAGGCAGCUGGUUGUCACUACCUUUGAGUUAAAAGCCAUGAAAUCCAGGGACAGAGUGAGCAUUCUGGCACAACAGAUGGCCAGUUUCCUCUUGCCAGACGCCAUGAUGCCUCCUCACCUCAUGCAGAGCCAUGGCUCUCAGGUGAUCCUGCUGACCUCUGGGUCGGAACUGGUUCUCUUCACCAUACAUGGUCUGCAGCUUGAGGCCUUCCGGGACCACCAGAAGCCCAUCACAUCCCUAUGGGUGGGCCCAGAGCGAGUCAUCACCUCUUCCUUCGACCUCUCUCUGCGUGUCUAUACGUGGAAUAAGAAAAGUAACUUCCCAGCCCUCAAGAGCUGCUAUCACUUGCUUGGGGGAUCCCACAGAUGGGCCAGAGGAUUUAGUCAUGUGGAAAGUGACAUCAUGAGCAUUGUGGGUGUGGAAGUCAGAAGCACUGGAACAAGUAUUCUGAGAUCAUAUUGCUUCAAAGUUCAGUGUGGCCAAAAAACUUGCACCGGUUGAAGCUAUCUCACUUUGGGAAAGAGCCUGCAUGUCAUAUAAAAACUAAUGAUGUUAUCAGUGUUGGGAAAGGAGAGUCCUUCUCACAAGUUUACUGUGUGUCAAGUGCACUGUGCUCUGUGACUUUUAAAUCCUCUCAUAACAGGCCAAUGAAGUAGGUACUAUCUUCUUUGUUUUUCAGACAAGGAAAAUAAAAUACAAAAGGUGAGUAAUUAGCCAUUAUUAUCCCCAUUUCCAGAUGCUAAGCAACAUGCCCAAGAUUUUUCAGAUUAUUGGUGGCAGACAGGAGUUGAGUAAAAUUCUGAGGGUACCAGAAAGCCCAUAAUUAAAUUAUUAGGAUUAUAAGGGUUUAUUUUAUCUAAAUAUACUAUGAACUGAGUAUUUUUAAUUCUAAAUUCUGUUUUAUGAGCUUUAGACAGUUCUUGCUGUCACAUAGAUGGAUUUGUGGUACCCUGUUAUAUAACCCUAGAGCUGCCAUUUUUUGUUUUGUUUCAUUGGUACCCGCUCCAGUUGGCCAGUAUGGAAGCCUGGCUGGGUUGGUGGGUGUAUCAUUCAGAGUUCUUAAUUGUAAGCAACAGGAGCAGACACUGACUGAAACCAAACAAGGAAUUUAUUGGAAGGAAAUGGAGUAGUCCACUGGGUCAUUGGGAAAGUUGGACAAACAAGAUGGAACAGAGGACGGCCAGGCAGCAGGAGACAUGCAUGUCCUGCUCCAGCAAGUCUGACUUGAACCACCCCUGGGCUUCAUUUCCCUCAGGCUCUGUGCUUUGCUACCACUGUUCUUCUUGUUUGUCACUGAAUAGGCACUAUGGCCACCACAGAAACACUUCCCAGCUGCUCUGUAGUGUGUGAACUAAUUGGUUGGGACUUUGGCAAAAUCAGUGCUAUAAAACAUCAGGCUAAGACAUUUGGGGUAAAAAAAAUGUGGGAAAAUAUUAUCACACUGGCUCCUUUUUUGCCUCCCUUGCACAAAUGAACUCAGCCCACACAAGAAAAGACAUAGAAGAAGCACAUACAACCCCAAAGUUGAUACACUCACCAAAACAUCAAAGUGAGUAAACCUAUUGCAGUAGGCAGAGUCCCAGACUUUAGGGAUGAGGCACUCUACCUCUUCUACUCAAAGGUAUGUAAGAGAAGAGGUCAGGACAUUUGGGCAUCAUAGAGUUAUGAAAAUAGACUUUUCACAGAGGAAUUGGGAUGUUUACACAAAGCCUGGGACAAACUUAGGGACAUGUUAGAAACAUAAUAAAGACUGGGUCCACUACUUGGGAGAACCUGCAGAAGAGAAAGGCCACAUAAGAACUGGAAAAAUCCACUUUAUUGGGUCUCUUCCUGUCAUGUGGCAGGGUCUUCACAGUGGUGGGUACUUACACAAGUCUACAACAGGCACAAACCUCCAUUAAUGUUAUUGAGGAAUGAACAAAACACCUUUCAUAGCCUUAGUUCAUUUUUUGUUGUUAUAACAAGAUCUGAAGCUGGCAAAUAUACAAAGAAAAAAGUUUUGUUUAACUUAUAAUUCUCAUGCUUGGGAAGUCCCAACAGUAGGGCACCAAGAUACAGCAAGAACACCCCCUGCCCCAACUGCAUCACAACAUGGCAGAGGAGUAGAAGGAAGUGGGCAUGGACAGAAGAGCACAUGUGUGAGAGGGGAGAAAUAAGAGAAUGAGCUGAGAAACCUUAACUCGUAACAGCCUAUUCUCAGUACUCUCUCAAUUCCCAAAGAUCUGACCUCCUCCUUCAAGUUAACAGUGCAUUAAUAAGGUCAGAGUCCCUAUGAACUAAUCGCUUUCCACUAAGUUUCCACCACUUCUAAACCACCACACGGAGGGCCAAGAUUCCAGCACAUGAAACAUUGGGGAAUACACUCAAACCAUAUCCAUAGCCUUUGGGAAUGUCACAAGUUAUACAGACAGAUUGAGGUUCCCAUUUUACUGCAUAGCAAAACUAACAAUGAACAUUACAAAAUAAGAGCAGCAGAUUACAGACAAAGACAUACUAGGCUUUUUAAACAAUGGCUAUUGAGGGAACAUUGAGGACAAUGAUCUCUUAAGUCAUAAAAACAAUGCCCUUAGUUCUGAUUACAUUGUCUACACAAUACUGUGGAGCAUGAUGUUUUGGAUAAAACACCAUGUGGUGCACCUACAAAUACUGGGAAUUUCCUUUACAAAGUAUGGGACAAGAUAGCCCAGUUGCUAUGGUGAUGCCCUGUUUAUAAAAGGCUCUGUGCAAAGCACAGAAUCUUGGCCUAGAUCUCAGAAGCCAGUUCCCAGGAAUGGAGGAUUCUGAGCAUAGUCAGAUAACUACAAUGUUUCACCAGAUCUGCUAACUUCAAUCCUGCCUGCUUAAUAGAAACUUUGAAUAAUGGGCUUCCUGGAUGCCACAUGAGGCUCCUAGCAUUGCAACAGUGAAAUAGCUACAAGAAUGUUUCUAGCCCCAUAACUUUCUAGUGCAUAAAGAACAAUGCCUCUGCAGUCUUUAACUUCCUGAUUAUGAGACUAUAUAUAAUAAGCUUGCUGGGCCAGCACUUCGUCACUGUUUCUCCUUCAGAAUGCAGUAUUCCACCUGACCCAGCUUUCUCACUGUGUCUAUGUGUUGUUUUUUUCUUAAUUCCCCAUUGCCCCUCACUAGUUUCUCAGUUUCAGCCACGCAAGUCAUGCACAAUAAUCACCCCAUAUUUAAACUCAUAACAAAUAGGGAGAUAACCAACAGAGAUGCUAUGACUUCUGCUAAUAAUCAUAUUGGAUACAACAUAUUUACAGUUUUAAUGGACAGGGGAGCCCUGCCAGGGUUGCUCACAGCCAAGGAACCAUGGCUCUUCCAUCUUUCCCUUCACCUUCAAAGACUGAACAGUUUCCCCUUGAUCCCAACAAGGCACUGGUGCAGACCAUUGACUCUGGGACACUUCUCAACCUGUAUCUGUUUAUCAUCCACUGUAAGCUGAGCACAACACCCACACCACCCGCCACUAUCUGGAGAGACAUCCUCAGCUGCCAUCCACGUGCUGUGUUCCACUACAGAUGCUGUGGAAAAAACAAUUCUCAGGAUGCGCAGUACUACCCGUGUGAUGCUCCGGAUACAGCUCCCCUCCUGGAUGUAGAUGACCUGUAAUUUUAACCCCUUCUCUGUUGCUGUGCCUCUUCUUUACCUGAGGAGUUCCCAGAUUUGCCACUGUCAACUUCAUGUCCAUCAGUGGGUCACCAUAGUCUUGGUCAUCUGCACCCCUACGACCGAUGACAGCAUGCCGUAAAACAUAACAGGGACACACAACAUGGGUCAGUCUGGGGCAAUGGGACCACAAUGUUUGUCACCUGGGUUGGUUGGUCAACAACUGAGGCUGGAUCUCUUCCCAUCUCUGUCAGUGUAAGUCAUGCAAUAAUGUACACCCUUGUAACUAUUGGUCUCUUUUUCUAUGAAUUAUAAUGAUUUUCUCCUCCUAUACUAUUAAUUAUAAUGAUCUUUUACCUCCUA